AUGGGAAGAACCAUACACAUCAAGAUGCAGGAAAAGAUCGUUCAGUUAGACUUAUCAAGUGAUUUUGUAACUGAGAGUACGAUCAAAAGCCAAUUUUUACUUUCCCCUGACGCCAUUGUAUCUUUGAAUUAUGUUGAUGAAGGGGAGCAGAAAGGAUGCGAGUAAGUCACAUUUUGAAGCAUUUCUGAUUACAUUUCAAAUUAUUUAGGUGUCGCAACACUCCGGAACUCUCUUUUGUGCUGCUGAAAAAUUGGCCAGUAUUCCAGUUCUUUGUUUAUUCUGACAAAAUGCCGUCACGAACAGGAACACCGAUGGAUACUUGUGAAUUUACAUCAUAUAAUCUUUUUAUUAUUAUAUUUUAGCUCAAAACUGCGGCCCGGCAUACGUUCCAAUAGGUAUGAACUUUUAAUAAUUUUAUUGAGUUCGAUAAGAAUAUAUAAGUAUUUUAAAGUUAUGUUGUUUUCAGAAGUAGAUCAUCUUGUUCUUGAACCUGAACUUUUUCUGUUUUACGAGAAAGCCGAUUCCAAGGCAUGCUUCACGGUUAUUACGCAACAUCACGCUGUAAGCUAUAAUCACGGACCUCACCAAAAUUGGAAUAUAAAUUCCAUUAAUGUAUGUUUUUUAGUAUCUACAAUUAUAAUCUAAAACACUCGUUUUUGUUUAGAAUCAUGCGCCAGUGAUCAUUUGCAACCAAAGUGGAAGUGAAUUUGAAACACGAAUUGUUAUGUGUAAUGCCGAGAUGGAUUUCGUAGUUGUUUUUUCCGAAGUUGAACUUGUACCGACGUCCCCUAGGAUUGCGUUGCCGCGGACAUUAGAACGCUAUAUUCUAUUGGUAAUUUGUUAUCUUUGAAACAGUUUCAUAAUUUGCCUUUCUUUUGUAGGGUUAUCCAAAAAAAAAUUCGCGCUAUGAGGCCCUGGAAGGCAUAUUUUCAUCAAUUCAUCUCGAUGAGAAAGGCUGCAUGCGGGGAUCAAGUGAAAGUCAACGAGGAUACAGCGGAGGGCCUGUAUUUUGCUCUUUUACUGUAUUUUUCUUUUACUGUGUUUUUAUGGCUUUUAGAUAUUUUGAGUUAAAAAUAAACACAUGAAAGAUAAAGAUUUCACAACUUUAAUGAAAAUUUGUGAAGAAAAGAAACUAAUAAAAGUUAGAGAUUUAUUAGAAUGGUAUAAUAACUUAAAUGUACAAAGAAGAAAUGUUGACAACUCGCUGACUGAUUGAUUUUUUAUCUUUUGCGUAAGCAAGCUUAGUAGUGCGCCAGACAUAUUUUGGUCAUUUUUCAAAAAUGACACAUUUUGGGGGAAUUAAGUAUGAUUUUCAAUGAAAAAAUGUUUUUAAAAUGUUGAAAAUCUGCAAAAAUCGCAUUUGGGCAAAAAAGGUGCGCCAGCGUCAACCUUUUGUAUACUACUGGGAGAAGAGUGCUCGCGUUAGGAUGAAAAUGAACAAAGUUAUGACGUUUUCAAGUUUUUCGAAUGUGCCCUUUGAUCGAUAAUAUCUCGCGAGCCGAGCGUCCAAUCAAAAAACUAAAGAUAGGGUGUCCCCCUAAUUUUUCGAGCACAGUCUCACUCUGAAAGAGUGAGACAAAGCCAGAAAAGAGAGAAAGAGAUAGAGAGAGAAAGAAAGAGAGAGAAAGAAAGAGAGAGAAAAAAGAGAGAGAAAGAGAGAGAGAGAAAGAAAGAGAGAAAUAGAAAGAGAGAGAGAGAGAGAGAGAGAGAGGGAGAUAGAGAGAGAGAGAGAGAGAAAGAGAGAGAGAGAAAAAAAUAAGCCUUAAACUUAAAAAGAAAAAAAAACAACUUAAAAAGAAAAAAAACGACACUACACGAGCGGAACACAACUAUAGAAAUAUAAAAACCAAGACUACACAAAAACAUUUUUAAAAAAAAUUAAAUGAACAGUUACAGCUUAGCAAUGUACUACAAAAAUUGUAGAACUCAAGAAAUCUGUCAAUAAACAUUUUUCCAAAUUUAUUGAGGCAUUAGUGCUCAAACAGAACACGACUUAGAAAACAUGUAAAUAAAAAACAUUUUUAAAAAAUUUAAAUCAACAGUUACAGCUUUGUGAUCUUUUACAAAGUUGUAGAGCUUGUUGAGAUCUAUCAUUUUGGAUUUUUUUCAAAAUUAUUGAUUCAUUACUGUUUGAACGCAACACGACUAUAGAAAACAAAAAACACAAAAACAUUUUUUUAAAAUUUAAACCAACAGGUACAGCUUAGCAAUAUACUACAAAAAUUGUAGAACUCAAGAAAUCUGUCAAUAAACAUUUUUCCAAAUUUAUUGAGACAUUAGUGCUCAAACAGAACACGACUUAAAAAACAUGUAAAUAAAAAAACAUUUUUAAAAAAUUUAAAUCAACAGUUACAGCUUUGUGAUCUAUUACAAAGUUGUAGAGCUCGUCGAGAUCUAUCAUUUUGAAUUUUUCCCAAAUUAUUGAUUGAUCACUGUUCGAACGCUACACGACUAUAGAAAACAAAAAACACAAAAACAUUUUUUAAAAAUUGAGACCAACAGUUACAGUUUUGUGAUGUACUACAAAGUUGUAGAGCUCGUCGAGAUCUAUCACUUUUGAUUUUUCCAAAAUUAUUGAGCCAUUAGUGUUCGAAUCGCCGGCGCGUCUGCAAAGUGGAUCGAUAACCGGAAAACACAAAAACAUUUUUAUCGUGCUUCAUCCAACAGAUACAGCUUCGUGAUGUACUACAAAGUUGUAGAACUCGGCGAGUUACACCUGAAAACAUUUUUUUCCAAAUUAUUGAUCCAUCAUGAACCGGGUGGCCGAUAUGGGCUUGGUCUGAAAUGAUCUAAAACUUCAAUGAAUUUUUUCUCGAAAAAAAAUCGGAUAGUUUUUUUUAUUUUUGAUAUGUUACUCACCAGAUGGUCUACUUUUUUAUGCAUUUUAGUCUCGAAUUACCUGUGCAUCGCUAAGAGCACCUCAAAAACGGCAACGUGGGGCAAGCGUGUUUAGCGUUAAGCUAGAAUUCUGAAAAAAUUUGUGUAGAUACAUCUCGACGAGGUCUACAAAUUUGUAGUUGACGACAAACGCGUAGCUCGUACGUGUGACGUCAUAGAAAAUUUUGAAAGUUAAAAAAAAAAUUUUCUUCCAUAUCCUUUGGGAAACCUAGUCUGAAAAAAAUUCACGUACUUUACCACCAUGCCUAGCAUCUUGCCCUUUGGAACCGAGUGGCCAAGUUGUUUCCCGAAAGACUGUCCUCUGAGGCCUUCGCGGCGCGCAUCGAGAAGAUCCCCCCUAGCUUUUUGUAUUCUAACUGACCUCUGGCUACUGCCGGCCAAUGGUCAUGUCAAGCCAUUGUUCCUUCCCCCACCCACAUUCCCCCUCUUUUUUUCUCUUCUUUCUUUUUUGUUGUAAUUUUAUUCCUAGGUGGCUGAAGAGAAUAAAUGUGUUAUUAUUAAGUACGCUACAUAUUUCCAGCCAAAGGAAUGUUGACUACACUCAUCAUCUGUCUCUGUAUUUGGAGGAAUAUACAUGCAGGUAUGCUUGUAACAAAUAAAAAUGUCUUGAUUUCGGCCUUAACAAAUGCCUAAAAAUACAAAACUUUUAAGGUAGAAUCGGUACUUCCAUUUCUACAUCUGCAGCAACAUCAACCAACCUCUCAUCUGCGUAUGAGCCGCCGUCCACAUUAUCUCCUCCACUCUUCGUCAUUGACGACGAGCUGAUCAAGCUGUCCGCUUCCUGCAUCACACCUGAAGAGCACGAGGAGCUUUCGGGCUACAUAAUUAGGUGGCGGAUAGCGCUCCUUUUCAAUCAUCUCUUGAUCAAAGAAGCUGAUGCUAUGAUUGGUCUUGAGGAGCUGCGCGCUGUGCUCGGCUUUGCGCCUCCAGGGAACUGGACGAAGAAUAG